AUGGCCCUUAGUAAGUCGUUUGUUUUGUGGGAAGAGCGUUGCACAGGGAGGGGGGCGUCGAGUUGCGGCGGGCCGCCGUCGCGCCGCGGCGCUGCCGUCGCCUCUGUCACCUGCGCCGACGCCGACCCGUUAUUCCAGCCACACUACCGGCGCAGGACUAAACCACACUCGCGGCAAAAGUGCUCGUCGAAGAGAACCACAACAGCACAGGCUUCCGGAAACAUACGCGCCUUGAGCGAAAGGGACGCGGGCGCCGCGCCGCCGCCGCGCCGCCUCCCAGGUAGACAUCGCACUAUAGAUUAUUCGGAGCAGACUGGACGC